AGAGAGAAAGAGAGAGAGAAAGAGAGAGAGAAAGAGAGAGAGAAAGAAAGAGAAAGAGAGAAAUCAGAAUAUCUAUGUGUAAAGAUCAUACUGUACAGUUUCAUUCUUCGGCGUGUAAUACUUUUCUCUCGAGUACCACCAAAUCAGUGGAAAUAUUUCUAGAUAAUCAGAAAGACUCGCUAAGCCAAAGCAACGUUACGCUACCUCAAUACUGAAACACGGUGGUACCCUUUUUUUUUCUCUGUAUAAAUCUUUUGACGACUUGUUUUCCUCGUGUACGCGUAAUUUUGAAACGCGAUUCAUUCUUGAGCACCGAUACUUCUGUUGAUCGUUGUAAAGAAAUUGUUUCCGCGAUUCACAAAUUUCGACUUUACUAGAAACAUGGUAUGAAACGAUAUGAUAGAAAGAAAAAAAUGAAAAAUUUGAAAAAGUGCAGAAACCUUUUAGUUAUUUAGCAAGUACCAAACAGUUUUCUAUACGCAUAUAUUGUAGAGAACUACAUUCAAUGUAGAGCAUUUCUACAAUAGUACUACAUGCUCUUUUCAACUAAUAUAAUGCUAGACAAUUGUACAGAACUAAUUUGUACAAAUGAAUAGAUUAUACAAUGCUGAGGCACUUUGUGAAACAGAAUGGCCGUCUCUCCCUUUCGGAAGUGUCUGCAGUGUGUGUAAAUGACUGAACUUAUUUUUAAUGUACGCUAGUUAAUAGUGUCUAUGGACAUUCCAAGGAAAGCAAACGAAAGGAAACCUUCCAAAAAAGCAGCCACAUUUAUAAUCACGUAUAUGUAAAUCAUGACUCAGUAUGUAGCAGCUUUGCCGCUUUAUAUGUAUUUAAGUAUAAAUAUAUACAUAGAUACAAAGAAUUUCGCUUGAGUCCAACCUCCGACUGCUCGGUAUCGAAUAGAGCUUGAGUAAACAGAACUAAUAAUAUUUACUGGCGAUUUACUAUUCUAUGCGUAAUGUUUUUACCAAGAACAUGAAUAAUUAUUGUACAAACUUAGUCUUGCCUUCAAUUCGCAUGAGUGUUCUUUUCAGUAGUUUUACAUCUAUGUCAAACAAAACGUAUUACAAUUUUUGUUCAAAUUAAUGGUGAAACAUUAACUAUUGUCUUCAGCAAUGCUGGAAAGAUUUGUCUGAGUUGAACGCUACAUUUCUAUGGGUUCUAAGAAUGUAACAGUGCUUAGAAAUUAACAUAUAAUAUCUGAGUUCGCCUAUCAUUAGUUGACACAUAUCAUAAGAUUGUAAAAACUAUUUCUAGGGAGAGAAAUUAUAUUAAAGGCAAGCUUCUUUUCAUUAUUCUAUUUUGUUAUAUUCGGAAAGACUACCUGCUUGAAUAUGGUAAAAACAUACACAUAAUAAUGUAUAGUAUUGUGAUGUAACAAUCUGUAGCAUGCGUUUAUUUGAAAAUGUUUCUUUUCUUUGGAUAUUCCUUCUUACGCUCAAUUCGACCGAAAUGACGGAAGAUCAAUUUUUACAUUAUCUUGAAUUUUUGGUACGGCAUAUGUUUGUGAGUGUUACUGCUAGUUAUUGUAAAUAAGUACGCGCGUGCUUACGCGCGCGCAUGUGUGAGUGUGUAUGUGUAUAUAUCUUUCUCUGUGUAUAUAUGAAUUAUUUAUUAACAAUCUUGUAAUUUUUAAAAGUUUAACUACAAGCCCAAUGCAGUUAAAUGUACUUCGAACUUCGUAUAAUUUGAAGAAGUAUUACAUGGCUGUCGAAUGUCUAAUUAAUUCAAACAAUAAAAUCAUGAAACAAGAACGGACACUUCGCCAACGAAAAACAGAACAACUUAAAUUGAAGUGGGCUUAUACAUAAAGAUUAAAAAUAACGUUAUUGGAUCUGUCUAAAUAGAUACGAACGAACAACGUUUAUUUCAAGUGGGUUUUUUGUCAAGUUUAUUAGCUGCAGAAUAAAGCAUAAUAUCUAAUUUAUUGUACGCAAUGAUUCCAUGUAACAAAGUUUUAAAUUAGCAAUGCAUAAUUUUAUUAGUAACCAACUACCUUACCUGGAGUGCCAGGUAAUUGUGCCAGCAUAUAAAACUGCGAUUGUGCUAGUAAGCGGGUAAUUGUCAAAUGUACUUCUCUAAAUGUGAAGUAGUAUCAACUAUAUUUGUAAUAUAUAGUGCAAUACACAGUGCACUAAAAACUUUUAAAAGUCUUAGCUAAUAGUUUCAUCGAUUAUUUUAUUAUGAAUAAUUGAAAAGGUCUUAAAGAGAUAUUCGAUUAAAUUUACAUUACAUAAAUUAAUUUUUCAUAUCUAUCUAUUAUUAUGCAACCAGAAUAGUUUUGCAAUGUAAAAUUUUAUUAUGUACAACACUAGCGGUAUAAAUGAGUGCACUGUGCAGAUUGUGCAGAACAUAUUUUGUUUGAAACUUAUUAAUUUCUACUGUACUACUUCACGUUUUUGUAAUGAAUGUAAGAUAGUAUGUUUCAUGUCGAAAUAAGGCACCUUUUUAGCUGUGAUGUUAACAAUAGAGAAUUCAUAUAAAAUGCAAAACAAGAAAGAGAAUUUAGUCUAAUAGGAAUGAAUUUCAUGUUAUAUUUAUUAUAACAACAAUUCAGUAUUACAGUAUAUACCAAUGUUUGCUGACUACGAAUUCUACUACCAGUUAACGUCAUUGCUAACAAAAUGUGAAAAAGAAAUAUAAAACAGCACACAUUUGAAAAUCACAAUGAGGCACAAAUUUUAAAGGGACGGCAUUAAAUUUUGCUCCCAAAACACACUGGAAUCUUAAGCAACCAAGAAUUGGACCUGAGAUUUCAUGCAAGUAUACGUAUAGACAAAGUAAAACCAUGAAAGACAAGAUCAUAACAGGACAUAGUUAUUGGAUAAAUAAUUAUAACGAUAAUAUUAUUAUCGCUAUCACUACUGCUGCUAAUACUACUACUAUGACUAUUACUAUAACUACAAAUACCAUUAGUGCUACCACUAUCAUUACUAUAACUACAACUACCGCUACUACCAUUACCAUUAUAAAUUGUCCUUGUAAUUUUUAUAUGCCAAGUGUAUACUUUAAUAGGAUAAAUGGAAAAAUAUGGUGAGUGAGUCGCAGUAAAUGUAACAUAAUAGCCCUGCUUAGUAUAAGCAGGACACAAACUAUGUUAACUGAACUAUGAAUUAUAAAUAUUGUAUAAGACGAUAAAUAAUAAUUAUUAUUACCAUUAUUAUAACUAUUAUCAAUUGGAUUAGCAAAUUGUAAUCUACCCAUCAACCAUUUUUAAAUGAAUACGGAGAGACUGAUAAUAAUUGCAACAUUCAAACACAUUACUCAAAGAAUCGUUACAUUCUUUACGAUAUUAAUCCACCGGAGGGAUUUAAUCUCAGAAGAGAUGUUUACAUUCGCGUAGCAGUUUUUAUAAAAAAUUUAGUUAAACAUGAGAAAGAAUUUAGGUGGAAAUUAGUUUUACCACCAUGGGGUAAUUUAUAUCAUUGGCGAACUAAGAACAUAGGAUCUCAAACACAGUUGCCUUGGGGCUUAUUUUUUGAUAUUACAAGCUUACAAAAAUAUAUUCCUGUGAUUGAAAUGUAUCAGUUUUUACAAGAGUAUCCUUCGAAAGAGAAGCAUACACAACUUGAUGUUAUGCAUAUACUAGAAAAUGACGAAGAAAUGUUUAAAACAGGUAAAUUUGAAGACAAAAAUGAAAUAGUAGAAUGUACUGCUGAAUCUUUACAAUACAAUAAAGUGGAAUCUGUAAGACAUGGCAGAUCCUUUUGGGGAUAUCAUAAUAUUAGUUUUGAAACUGUUAAAUGUAUUAAAUUUCAUGGAAUGAUAUCAGAUUUAAAAAAGAAUCUUAAGCCUAAUAUUUACAGGUCUGUAAUGUUUGAUCAUAUGGAAAUUGCAUUACAUGAUUUCUAUGGCUCGCAAGAAUAUUGGACAGCACGGCGCAGCAUGAGAUACAAUUCUGAAUUAUACAAAAUUGCUAAUGUAUUCCGAGAAGGUUUUCUCAAUUCAACAGAUAAGACUGAUAACACAGAAAGGCCAAAUGAUUGGACUCAAGAAAAGAGUAGAAGAAACGCGCUUGGUGGACCAUACAUAGCUACUCAUUUAAGACGACGUGAUUUCGUUUUUGGCCGUUCUUCAACAGUACCAACAAUAAAAUCUGCUGCUUUUCAGUUGAAGGAAAAAUUGGAUAAACUUGGAUUGAAACUUUUGUUCGUUGCUACAGAUGCUACAGAAGAAGAAUUCAAUGAACUUAAAGAAUAUUUAUUUGAAUAUACAGUACUAAGGUUCAUUCCAUCGGAUUAUGUAUUGAACAAAUUUAAAGAUGGUGGUAUAGCCAUUAUUGACCAAAUCAUUUGUUCCUAUGCUAGGUACUUCAUGGGAACAUAUGAAUCAACAUUCACCUUUAGGAUACAAGAAGAUAGAGAGAUUAUUGGUUUUCUGACUGAAACAACAUUUAAUGUUUUAUGUAAAGAUAAUAGAAAAUGUAGCUCAACUGGACAAUGGGAAAUUGUCUGGUAAUAUAUAAAAAUAUGAAUUAAAUAUAACUUCUAAUGUAAACAAUAACUGUAUAAAUAUAUUGCUCUUGUAUAUACCUAAACUAUUUUUUUGGCAUAAACUAUUUUUCUUAACUUA